AUGGGUUCGGAAAAUGGAGACUCCGUUGAACAAAUCGCUAUUCUCACACCACGAUUGAUUAUUAUUCCCACCCCAACAGCAAUCUCCUUCAACCCAUACCGGGCGCUUUAUUCCGACCUACAUGCAACUGUGGAUUUUUGUCAAAUGGGUUUCGGGCAUCACUUUCCAGCCAGGGCAUGGAGCGAUGAGGAGACGUGUGAUGUGAUCCAGGCGCGGGAUAUUGAACGUUGUUGGCAAAGGCGCGGGUUGGGUGAUUUUGCUGUGGGGUUGCGCGGACCAUCCACAUUCGAGCCUGACAAUCACUCCAAGCAAAAAGGUGAUAUGACUAUACUCAAAGGCAAUGACUAUAUCCGAGUUGCGGGCCUCAACAAUGUCCAUCUCGCUUCCUGCGAAUGGGUGGGUUAUGCAGGUCUCCGUGAUGCGACAACAACUUCGAUGCCGCCAAGAGAGCCUGGAGAUCCUGUGUUGCCAUCAUGGGUCGAAAUGAUUGAGCUGCGCUACGGUGUCUCGCCGAAAUUCUGGGGGCAAGGCAUUGCACAGGAAGCAUCGAAGGCCAUUAUGCAGUGGUCUAUCGAUGAAAGAGGGGUCAAAAGAUUCAUCGCCGAGACAGAGAGAGAAAACAGCAGAAGUGCGAAGCUGUUACAAAAGCUUGGCUUUACGCUCAGUGGCACGAACUAUUGGAAAGAACCAAGUGAGCUGGAAUGGGAGUGCGCUGCUAAAUGA